AUGGCAAGCGUCCCCGUGAAGUUUACCACCGAGGUCAACUCCAUCGCGGCGGAAUCUGCCAAAAAUACCGAAGUGGAGGCCUUUGGAGACAUUGAAGGCGUCGACUUCCCCAUCGACACAGGAGCCAGCGAGCCGGGCAUCUUCUGGUACGCAACGUCCUUCGACCCAGCGACCGUGACGCAAUCGAUGGCCAGAAGAUGCCACCGGGACGGUGUUGAAGCCGCUCGGGAGAAACUACGAGACCCUCACGGGGCCACAAGGGACCUGUUCUUUGCGGGAUCCGUUGUCGACUGCCGUGCGCUGAGCAAACCGGCCGACGUGGCCGUGCAGGUCGAGUUCAUACCCUUCACACGCAGGCACUUCCUCAAGACGGAGACGCUUGUGUUCCUUUGUCCUGACUUGCCAGAUACCUGUACGCAGCAGACGGGGUAUGCCGUUGCCGAGAAGGCUGCUGACUUGAUCAAAGCACUCCGGGCGUGA